UUCACACAUCAGCACGGUCGACCUGAGCUAUCAAUAUCAACAGAGACAUAAGAGUAAGCAGCCAGACACAAGCUGGCGUUUUGUUUACGUCCAGUAGAACAUACACUUAUUGCAACAUGUCUGGAUUUGACCAGAACCCCUUUGUAGAUCCAGUUGAUGUGAAUCCUUUCCAGGAUGCCUCAGUUACACAAAUCACCAAAGGUGGGAUUGAAACCGUUGAGGAGUUCAACCCGUUCACAGCCAGUGCUAUGGUGAACUACUCUGGGAGCACUAUCCCCAUCUCCAACACCUCCCAACCAGCUGUCCUGCAGGCUUCUGUAGUGGAGCCCACCCCUCAAGAGACUGCGGCAGCUGCCCAAGCUAACCUGCUUAGGCAACAGGAGGAGCUGGAGAAGAAAGCUGCCGAACUUGAUCGAAAAGAAAAGGACCUCCAGAACAGGCCUGGUGGCCCAGCUACUAAAGAAAACAACUGGCCGCGGUUCCCUAAGUUUUCCCCCAUAAAGCCAUGCUUCUACCAGGACUUUGACGAAGACAUUCCUGAAGAGUACCAGAAGAUCUGCAAAAGAAUGUACUACCUUUGGAUUUUUCACAGUGUCACCCUCUUCCUUAACCUCCUGGCCUGCCUGGCCUACUUCACGGUGGACACAUCAGCUGGGGUGGACUUCGGUCUGUCCAUUCUCUGGCUCGUCCUCUUCACCCCCGUGUCUUUCCUCUGUUGGUACAGGCCGGUGUACAAAGCCUUCAGGUCGGACAGUUCUUUUAGUUUUUUCUUCUUCUUCUUUGUUUUUUUCUUCCAAGUGGGUGUCUACAUAAUCCAGUGUGUGGGGAUCCCUAGAUGGGGAAACAGCGGAUGGAUUUCAUCAAUUUCCAUGAUAAAAGUACACUUGGCUGUAUCUGUGGUCAUGAUGGUUGUGGCCGGCUUUUUCACUGUGAACGCUGUCCUCGCGGUUAUCCUGCUAAAAAUGGUUCACUCCAAGUACCGUCGGACAGGGGCCAGCUUCAGCAAGGCCCAACAGGAGUUCUCCUCAGGGGUACUCACCAACCAGACCUUCCAGAGCGCCACAGCCACCGCCGCCUCCUCGGCAGCCCAGGGGGUCUUCCAAGGGCACUAGGGAUCCUAAAGUCACUGGGGCAGUCUCCAACUUUUCUCUUAAGCACCUCUGUAAUUGAGUGGAAGCCCUAGCCCCAUUCCAAUACAAGCAGGGGAAAAGGCUUCCUAUUGUGUAUGUAGGUCUGUUUAUUCACUCAAAUUACAGAAAAUCUCUGAAUGAGGUUCAGAUUUCCAUGAUAAGAUAUCAAACUGAAAUAAAGGUAGGAGACUACUCAUUUAAAGGAUUAGAAGGAGCGACUAACAUAUUGCUUACAUUCAUCCAAGUGUUUAGGUGGUAGGGGGCUAUGGUUGGUUUGGGAUUGGCAAAGCAUGCUCCAUGUUGGUACCAAACAGUAAUAACAUGCAUUUUUAUUGUAAGUGGAAUUUGAUGCAUUAAGAAAGUCAAUGCAUAAGUUGUCUUGCGUCUCUCCUUUAGGUUUAACAGUAAUUGGCAAAUCUGAAAUGCUCUCCUAAGAAUACUUAACAAUUACACUUCAUUUGAUUUUUGUUUUCUCAAUGGUUUGGUACUAGCAUGGCACUUAUCAUAAAAACAGUAAUAACUCAAUCUGCAGUUGGGUUUGUUAAAAUUCAGUAUAGUCACAGCUCUUCCAAGUACACUGCCAUACUGUCUUCACCAAGUUUCCUGUUCUCUUCGUCCUUACACAACUAUCCUGUCCGCUAACUUGGGUCCUCUUUUUCAGACAUUCCUUGGUCUGCAACUCUAGUCCUCAAAAGCCACUAUUAGUGCAAGGUUCUGUUCUAAUGCACCUUCAAAUACUCAUCUUUGACUCAAAUUAUGGUUGCCUCAACCUUGAUUAUUUGAAUCAGAUGUAUUGAUCUUGGGCUGGAGCAAAAAGACACAAAAUGCAGACACAGUGGCUGUCCAGGAACUAAGCUGUAGACUCUUGUAUUAAAAUGUUUGGGUUAACAACACUACUGAAGUGAGCAUGGACAUAGGAACUCCCAAGUAGCAUCUCAUAUUGACCUCUACUGACUACUACUGACCUCUAUUGACUACUUCUACUGAAGGAAUUGCGUGUCUGAUAGUGGAGCAAGUUUUCAUUGAUGUGUAUUUUUGCUCCAAAUAUAAUAUAUUAAUGAAGGGUUUUGUUUGUUAGUUUUUUUUAUUGUGCGAUUUCAGGUGUUACUGGUAUUUGAACCUCUGUCAUUUCUGAAUAGAGUUGGGCUUGAUGAAGUAAGAAAUUAAAAGAACUGCUGUGAUUUUGUAGAUAGGAUAAUGAAGCCACUGGGUGAUGGUUUAACUAAAUGGGAAUUACUCUAUACUCUAAUGUAAUGUAAUCUUGUUACUAAUGUACAUUAAGGAAAACGUUUAUUCUUAUCCCCAGUAGUUUCUCCGGUUGGUCCCUUUGGUGUCAUUUGGUUAGGGCUUUAGUUGGUGUGGGAUUAUCAACAAAACAAAGGCUCCAUUCUUCCUUUAUAAAUUAGGUCUGCCAUUGUGGGUAGUGUGGCAUUUUUAUGUUGCUGGAAGAUUGAAUGUAUUAACUGCAAGAAUGUACAUGUGAAUGGAAUGGAACCAAUAAUGUAAAAGUUAGGAAAUGGAUGAAUGAGCUGAUAGAACAAACUAAUGCAUGAUUAUAUGAAAACAUGAAUGUAUUACUGACUACUUAUUAAUAAUUGGGUAUAUGUGCCUCAAGUGAAGUUGAGUACAAUAAACCUCGACAUGGAAGUAUACCAAGUUACAACAUCUAAUGCAGCAACGAUCAAAAAAAUUAUGAAAACACGGUUUAGUUGUUGUGUAAUGUACAUAUAGUCAAUUCAUUUUCUGAAAACAUACUAUUUGACAAUUUGCUGUUAUGUUCAACUACCUACCCUAUACUAGGUUUCCGUUAUUUUGUUACACCUAAAUGUUCUUUGUUGCUGACACUGGUUUACUGUUAUUUUAGCCAAAUACUUGGAGACUAGACACUAUUUUUGACAUCAAUUCAGCCUCACCGUCUGAACACUAAUCAUCGUCAGGAUCUAAGUGUUCUGAAAUUUUGCCUCUUGGUUUACGUAUGUAUUAUUUUUGUAACGCUUUUUAUUUUGAGAGUUGGAUUGACUGGCUUUUGCACAGACAGGCAUUAGGUCCUUGCAUGAGUUGCUGAUGAUUAUAAGAUGAUUAUAGUAAAGGAAUAAAGGCCUUCCAAAUGUACAUUAAAGCCAAGGGUCAAAUCUGGUUAGCACUGCACCUAGUUUUUGACAUUUAUUAAGCUGUUUGUGAUUGAGGGAUGUGUAAUACUUUGAAGUAAUUUAUAGAUUUAUUUUUACCACUAUACAAUAAAUUGAUUCGUCUUUGCUCUCUCCUGAACAUCA